AUGAAGAGAGAAGAAUUCAUUGGAAGAGUUGGAGGAAACUUUGCUUGCAUAAAGGCGAGGGGGGCCUGGGCUUCCGAGACAUUGGCCAGCUACUAUCCGCGAGAUGAUUUGCUUUUAGCUAGGAAUGCUCAUUACCCAUCUUUCGUUUGGAAAAGCAUCCUUGUUGGCAGAGACCUACUCGCGAAGGGAGCGGCAUGGAAACUCGGGGAUGGAGGAAGAAUCAGGAUUGGUAAGGACCCUUGGCUCCCGUCUGGAAAGGGAUUGUUUAAGGUGGCUCGAGUGGAUGAGGCAGACAAAAACAGAAAGGCCAAAGAACUUAUGGAUGAGGAUCUUUCAUCUUGGGAUUUACAGAAAGUGGAGGACCUCAUCGAGCCUAGAGAUCGUUGGCGAGUGACGGUACAACUCAGGUGCAAUCCCAGUGAGCGUGACAAGCCGUUUUGGCCUGGUGGAAAACUUAAUACAUACACGGUGAAAUCUGGAUAUCGGUUGGCUAUGGAUUUAAGGCAGCGUGACGAAGCGUCUUCUUCAAUGGCGGCUGGGGGACUUUGGAAGUGGAUUUGGGGCCUUGAGGUUAUACCCAAGGUUAAAUUGUUUAUGUGGAAAUGCCUUGCUAAUGCAUUGCCUACGGCCAUGUUGUUACGAAGUCGAAAUGUGGAGAUUGAUCCUCUUUGCAGGAGGUGUGGUGCUCAUGAGGAGACGUUAGAGCAUGCUCUUCGCGACUGUGCUGGGGUUUGGUCGAUAGUGGAAUGGUUUGAAAAGAUCCGCAGCUCUCCUCAUCCGGAAGUUCAUGCUCAGUUUGCUACUAUUGCGUGUUCAGCUUGGUACGCCAGGAACCUCCUUUUUUUCCAGCAUAAGGAACUAUCCCAUAUUGAGUGUCUUGGGGUUACUUCUAGGGCACAACAAGGUUCUUUCCAGCAACAUCUUCCACUCAAGCUGGAAUGCUGUCGAGAGGGCCAAAUGAAGGUUUCGUGUGAUGCGGCUUUAGGUGCUGACAAAGGUGCUGGAGUUGGGGUGGUGCUUUGGGAUAGUGCAGGCGGUCUGAAGAGUUGCAGGUACGGUUUUGUGCAGGGCGAGUUUCCUGUCAUCGAGGGAGAGGCGAUGGCCAUUCUUGAAGGCCUCCAUCUUUGCCGCGAACGUGGAAUCACGGAUGCCAUCUUUGAAACAGAUAACCAGCUUCUGUAUUGGCUGUUGAUUAAGCGUGAGAAUGACCUUUCCUAUUUGGGGGAUACGUUACGUGCAAUCUUCGAGAUGGGGAAUCUCACCACGUCGCUUUUAGUUGGACUCCGCGGGAAGGGAAUACCAUAG